AAUUCAACAUCAUCGCCGUUCCUCUUUUCACAACCUCUAUCUUCUAUUUAUAUCUGUAGUACAGUUAUCUUAGUUUCUUCUAAGAAAAAAAUGGAAAUGAAUGGUUUGUCCAAGAUGGCUGCAACCGCUUUUCUCUUAGUCCUGGCCAUUGUCCCAGCCGCUAUGGCUGUGACAUACACAGUAGGAGACGCUCUAGAGUGGUCCAGUGGUGUGGACUACACAGAUUGGGUUAAAGGAAAGACUUUCAGGGUUGGUGACAUUCUAGAGUUCAAGUAUGGUUCUUCACACUCGGUGGAUGUGACUACCAAAGCCGGAUAUGAUAACUGCGACAGUUCAGCAGCAACAGAUAAUCACUCCGACGGAGACACCAAAAUCGAACUCAAGACAGUAGGAACCAAGUAUUACAUCUGCCCUACACCUGGUCACUGUAUCAGUGGCAUGAAGCUAGCAGUUACGGUCGUUGCCGCUUCUUCCGGAACCCCAGAGGCUCCUACGCCGCCGUCUUCAACUCCAGGAACUCCUUCCACACCAGACUCACCGCCGGCUGCCGGAACUCCUCCUUCCACACCAGACUCACCUCCGGCUUCCGGAACUCCCGCCACACCCACACCACCAACUUCUUCUCCUCCACCGAGUGGCGCCUCUAAGGGAGUGAUGAGUUACGUAUUGGUCGGAGCGUCGAUGGUUUUGGGUUAUGGUUUGUGGAUGUAAUUGCCAGGGAUGAGCCAGUGCGUUGCUUUUGAUCUAUUUGGUUUUGGUUGUAAACUUGUGUGUCACGUCAGCAGCUCGUAUUAUCUAGGCAUUUGAUUAUCGUUAUCAACCUCAUCAUUAUCACAUUCACUUAUUUCUGUUAUUGUAAUAAGUUAUUAUUCAUUUCCAUCAGUCGUUAUAUAUAACAUCUUAUUGGUUUUGGAGUCA